UUGUAUUUUUUAUUAGAGACGGGGUUUCACCGUGUUAGCCAGGAUGGUCUCGAUCUCCUGACCUCGUGAUCCAUCCGCCUUGGCCUCCCAAAGUGCUGGGAUUACAGGCUUGAGCCACCGCGCCCGGCCUAAGGAUAGUCUUUUCAAUAAAUGAUGCUGGGGAAACUGGAUUUCCACAUGUGGAAGAAUGAAACUAGACACCCACCUCUCAUCUUAUACAAAAAUCAACUCAAAAUGGAUCAAAGACCUAAGGGUAAGACUUGAAACUAUAAAACUACUAGAGGAAACCAUAGAGGAAAUGCUUCAGGACAUUGGUCUGGGAAAAGAUUUUAUGGAUAAGACCUCAAAAAUGCAGGCAACAAAAGCAAAAAAUACCAGAUGCAUUAUAUUAAACUAAAAAGCUUCUACACAGCAAAGGAAACAACACAGUGAAAAGACGACCUACAGAAUGAGAGAAAAUAUUUGCAAAUUACUCAUCUGACAUGGGAUUAAUAUCCAGAAUAUACAAGGAACUCAAACAGUUCAACAGCAAAAAACCAGUUUGGUUAAAAAAUGGGGAAAUGAUCCGAAUAGACAUGUAUCAAAAGAAGGCAUAUAAAUGGCCACAAACAUAUGAAAAAAUGCUCAACAUCACAAAUCAUCCAGGAAAUGCAAAUUAAAUUCACAAUGAAGUAUCAUCUCACCCUAGUUACGAUAUGGCUAUUACCAAAAAGACAAAAAGUAAUACGGUCCUCACCGGAAGUCCAACCUCCGCCAUGAGCCUGCGAGAAUCAAGGCACUCGCUGGUGUACCCAUGUAUCGAAGUGAGUUCACAGCCUGGUACCAGCGGAUGUCGGUGGUCUACGGGAUCGGCACCUGGUCUGUGUUGGGCUCACUGCUUUACUACUGCCGGACAAUGGCGAAGUCGUCAGUAGACCAAAAGGAUGGCUCAACAAGUGAAGUACCCAGUGAACUAUCUGAACGCCCAAAAGGAUUUUAUGUGGAAACAAUUGUCACAUAUAAAGAAGAUUUUGUUCCAAAUACAGAAAAGAUCCUCAACUAUUGGAAAUCAUGGACUGGUGGCCCUGGCACAGAACCAUGACUGGCUGCUGAAUUCUGAAAACCAGAACUUGGUUCAACAUUUAAAUUUGAUAGUUCCCUCGAUUCCCAUUUUGUGUUUGUGAAAAGUGUAUGUAUUUAAAUUUGCUGUAAAACAUAAUCACUAAUAUGCAAUAAAUAUUUUC